UAUGUCAAUAAGAGCGAAAGUUGAGCACGUGGCUUGUGUCAAGAUUAGAUAGCGAGUGAUUGUACCUCGUACUUAUUUGCAAAUGUUUAGAAUUAUGCAUAAACUGUGUUUGUACUUGUUUAACCUUUGAAGUCCUUUAUUUUGUGUUGCUAUUUUAUUUAAUAACUUUUUAUUACGCAAUAAUGUUAUCACCACACAUGAAAUGUAACCUAACCUAUUAGGUGCUAUUAUUUCUACAACGACCAAGUUUCCUGUUUAAUUAUUGUUAUAAACUGAGUGAAGUGAUAAAGGAUCCACAGUAUUAAUUGGUAUCAACAACAGUCUGAAGUGGUGAAAUAUUUUAAUAUAAUUUAUAAUCAUUGCACAACUUUUUAUUAAAAUGGCAAAAUUAGUUGAAUCCUUUUCUGAAAUUUUAACUCCAUACAAGUCAAUUAUUGGACCAGUGGCCAGUGUAUUAACAAUUGCUCAGUUUUUUGCUGGUGCACUAAUAUGCAAAGAUAUAGCAGCACAAGGCAACACCGAAGGCUUUUCAUCUAUGCCAUUUAUUGGUGGCAUAGUUAUAGGUGCUUUAAUGUUGAAAUAUUCUAUGAUGUUAAAUGAUUCAAGUAUGUUUGUGGUGAACUUGGCAGCUGUAUUGUUGAAUAUAAUUUACACAUUCUUCUUCAAUAAGUAUUCCCGGUGUAAAAAGCAGGACAUUCACCAGCCCAUAAUGUGGGGUACAAUCCUAAUGACUGUGAUAUUUGCAUAUACUUUUUGGGAGGAAGAAGAACUUAUUGAGUAUAGAUACGGACUGAUAGUAACAGUAUUAAUGUUGGGCCUGUUAGGAAGUCCAUUAAUAGAAGUGAGAGAAAUAGUAAGAAAAAAAGAUGCCUCUAGCAUACCUUUGCCAAUCACGUUCAUGGCAUGUAUAGUAACCAGUUUGUGGCUUCUUUAUGGAUUUAUACUAAAGAACGAAUUUAUGAUCAUUCAAAAUUUCAUUGGGUUCUUUCUUUGUCUAAUGCAGUUAACUUUGUAUUGCAUCUACAGAUGCCCAGAUAUGAAAAAACAGAAAGAACUGUAAUGAUAAUUGCAGACUACAUAUUAGCUUGUGAUAUAAAAUAUUCAAAACAAUUAGUGAUUAUGAACAUUUUCUUUGGUGAGGGAAAAAUGAUUUAAACAUUGCAAUUUUAUAGUUUUACAAGAAUUACUUUAUAAAGAAUCUAUAUUUCCAAAUUACAAUACAUUAAUGACAUGUAUGAAGUUCUUAAAAUAAAAGAUGCAUAUGGUAUGUA